CGGAAACAGCCGAGCUACCAUGCAUUGAACGAGGAGGCCAAGCCACAUCGAAAGCACGAUACAGAACCCGCUCGCAAAGAUCUGUUAUUUCCCUGCGAUACAGGAGCGGGAGACUGGGAUGCGUUGAGCAUUACACGGAGAGAUGUGCGGGUCCCGGGCGGCUGCGGAGACGAAUGCUUCUUGGCAUUGAUCGCCGACGUAUACGCCUGGAGCCACGUGAUGCGAUGAGCAACGAUCAAUCCUCACCAACUCUUUUGUCUUCUCCCGUUUCCUCCUCAAGCACAGCGGUCCUAACCCGUCUCUGCUCUCUCAAACCCUUGGCGCAACGCCGGUCGACGUUCUUUCAACACACUUUCUUUCCCUUACCUCCUGGCGGUCCGGGUAUAUACAUAUUCAUCAAGUACCAUGCAUCACCAAUCUUCCCCGCGUCUCCACCGUUUCGGCCACCGCCGUGACUACACCUUGAUACCCGCACCUCUAGAUCUCAAUCUUCCGUUCAAAGGAGAGAAAGACGCCCUCCCUGCCAUCAUCGUCACACCUUCAUCACCCUCCUCCGCGCGCGACUUCUCCAUCGCCUUCUGGGCACCGCCCCCCAAAGCUUCCCUGCGAGAACGCCUCGUUUCGUAUGCGCUCUCCCCCCUGCAAUACAAAGCGCGCACUCUGAUCGUGUUCACUCUGAUCCUCUUCAUUCUGAUCUGUCAUGUCGUCACACACCGUCUGGCGCUCCGGCGACCACAUCUCGAAUUCUCGCAGGCUGGCCAAGCCCAUGUUGCUCAAUCCCCCCUCACGUCGGUUUUCGGGUUCAUUCGAUCGAUCUGGGGAGGAGACGCGCUCCGGGAUGCGAAACCAGCUUUUGUCGUCUCCGACUCUGGUUCACCAGCCUAGAUGGACGUUGUCGAGUGGGUUGGUCGAAUGUUCGGAUGAGCACUUUUCUACUAUCUCCUCAGUAAGCCCUUGUUUACUUUUGUACUGUCGAUUUUGCUAUCUAUCGGGUGUUCUGCUGUCCAUGUAUGCUGGGAGCUGACCGCGCAAUGCCGCUGCCGACUGGUUCGAAGUGACGGCUCCGAAAUCAUCAUGUGAAAUCGGACACGACAUGAUGUCAUCAUUCGGUUCGAUCCGAGCUACAGCAAGUGCCAACCGCGGCGGAGCACUGCCGGGUCUGGACGUCUAUACAAACAUCUACCUCGUGGAAAAUGCAUCGGGCGGAAGUUGUGGCCGGUCCAGCGCGAAUCUUCGAGGCGAUGCUACAGCCUUCGACUGGAGUGGCAGCACGAUCGUCUCAUGAGAUAAGUCAAGUCAGACUAUUCCAAGUGCAUUUCUACUAUAUUACAGGCAAAGACGCAGAAAUUGCGUGAGCUCACAGGCUACGUCGCAGGUGCAGGUGAUUGUGUGCAAACUGCAGCCUGCACUUCUGGCGCGCACCUAGGCCUCUUGGCGCCGCAGGACCUGAAACGGUACUGGUGAUGCGCGAGUAUAUAUGUUAUUCCUUGGCAGAUUCUGUACUCGCCAGGGCUCUGCAGGCCUGCGUGUUAAAACGAGACGCGAACGCGAACUCCCGCAUCCUGGCUUCUUCACAUUUCUCUCGUUCUUGUGUCAUGACUGUCGCCUCUGUCGUCCGCCUGAUUGCUUUGUCCCUUGUCAGCGUAUUCGCCCUGUGCACGCUGGGUUUGGCUGCUGCAGUCCUGUCUCUCAGCAAGACCUACAUGAGCGGCUACUAUCCCUACGCUGCGCUGGCGAUCGCUGCAGCGGUGAUUAGCAUUCUGACUAUCCCUGCCAUGAUUGCAUUGGACUUGAUUCACCCGGGCGGACUCACGUCUCAGAUAAAAUUCGAGCUUCCCUGGCUAUCCGUCCUUGCUGCAUUAUGGUUGGCAACCGCGAGCUACGCAACAAAGGCCGUCAUAGAGGAUUUCCCCGGCUUUUGCGACGAGAUCCGGGACUCUGCCAACCGUUUGGUCGCAUGCCAGGAGAGCGCAAUUUUGCUCGCGUUUGCACACCUGAACUAUUUUAUCCGUGCAUUGUUUCCGUGUCUUGUGUCACUGCUUUAUCUGAUCUCGUCUCCAGUCUUCGGGUACCUGAUCUUCAUCCUGAGUCUCUGCCUUGUGGCCGUUUCGCGCCAGCAUGCCGGGGUCUGGAGGUCCUCAGUUGCCCAGGCGCCUUUCUUUACGCGUAAAGGUGCUGCUCAAAGUUCCGCUCACGAGGAAACUCGUGUUUGAGUGGGUGGUGCGGCCGAUCGAUCGAAGGACUAGAGGACGGGAGCAGUCACGACCCUUUUCUGUUUUUCCCAUCCAGAAACACUUACGUUCACGAACUAAUGACUUUUUGAACCUUGGACUCCGCACGGAAAUAUCUGAUGUAUGGAGCGCAAAACCUCGCCAUUUAUUUCUCACUCUAAUCAAUUUCGGAUCUUUGCGACGCCUUUACUGGAAAAAUAUUUCAUGCCGCGACAUCCACCUUGCCGAGCCAUUCAAAAAUGAGGCUCUGAUAGCCAUCUCCUGCCUUAGCGCGUCACGGUCGUAUCGAAUAUCUCCGAGUUGGCGCCGUGCUACGGCAGAUUCGAUGUGCAGAGAAGAAAGACGUUGAGGCCCCCCGUCACUCCAGCUUGCAGCCUUGGAAUCAAAAUAAAGACCCAGAGUCAGGAUUUGCUGGGUCCUAGAUCUUUCUAGAUUGCUGUGACCAGCAUGUGUGCGCAUUGCGUCACUUUCCGAGUACGCGACGCAUCAAGUCGAUCCUUCAUCUGUGACAGAUGACAGUGACAGAUGACAUCUAUCUUGAUCCCUGACUAUCCUCUUUUGCA